AUGAACCUUGCAACACAUCAGCGAAUUCACACAGGAGAGAAACCAUUUGAAUGUCUGCGGUGUGGAAAAAGAUUCAUUUCCACGCACAGCCUUAUACGUCAUCAGAUCAUUCACAGGGAAGACAACCCGUUUAAAUGUCUGGAGUGUGGAAAGAGCUUCAGCGAGAAGCAUGACCUUGCUAAACAUCAAAGAAUUCACACAGGAGAGAAACCAUUUAUUUGUCCAGAGUGUGGAAAAGCAUUCAAUCAGAGGGGGGCACUUACUAUCCAUCAAAGAAUUCACUCAGGGGAGACACCAUUUAAAUGCUCAGAGUGUGGAAAGAAAUUCCGUUGCAGUGGUGCCCUUAAAGAACAUCAGAGAACUCAUACAGAUGAGAAACCAUUUAAGUGCCUGGAGUGUGAAAAGAGAUUCCGCUACAGUGGUGGCCUUAAAGAACAUCAGAGAACUCACACAGAUGAGAAGCCAUUUAAAUGCCCAGAGUGCGGAAAGAGAUUCAAAAAGAAGGAGGCCCUUACUUCACAUCAACGAAUGCACACAAGGGAGAAAUCAUUUGAAUGUUUGCAGUGUGGAAAGAGAUUCUGCUCAAUGAUAAUUCACAGUAAAGACAACCCAUUUAAAUGUCUGGAGUGUGGAAAGAGCUUCAGCGACCAGCAUGACCUUGCAAAACAUCAAAGAAUUCACACUGGAGAUAAACCAUUUGAGUGUUUGAAAUGUAGAAAGCGCUUCAAAGGGCCUCUGAUGCCCAGAUCUGACCUCAUCUCCCAGCAUGAAGAAAAGGAGGAAGAGCUGCUUGUCCAGGAGACAUUGACAGGUAGGUUCGUAGAAGUAUCAUGA